AUGGACAACAACGGAACUGCCACUGAAGACCGGUUCUCGAUGCGCCUUGAUGGUCUUGGGUCCAUUGGAAGACAAUCCGAUACAGCUGCAGGCCGCAAGGGCCGCGUAGCACUGGCCUGCAAACGAUGCAAGAGACGUAAACAGCGGUGCGAUGGCUCGCAUCCAACGUGUAAGUCCUGCGAAAGAGUCGGUACUCCAUGUAUCUACGAGAGAACAAUCCGGCCACAAUACCCCGGCGGGAAGACGCUAUACAUCAAUGCCCUGGAAGAGCGCAUUGCAUUUCUUGAGGCUCGAUUACCAGAUCAUGCGCAAGAUCACUUUGAGACCCUCGCGCCGUCUUCUGUUGUUGAUGGUCAAGACAACGAUGCUGUCAACACACAGGCUUAUCCUGAGUCUUCAUCAUCACAUCGCGGUUCUGUGUCUGAAGAUCUCGAUGGCUAUGAGCGUAAUUCCAUCAUCGAUGGUGUUGCGUACCUCUCACUCUGCGCCUCCGGUACAGCUGAAGCGACUCCAGAUCCAUCAUACCUGGGUUCAAGUUCCGGCGCUGCCAUUGCUCGAAUGAUACAGCGAUCCAUCUUUCAUAACUCUCGAAAUAGCAUCACGCGUCCGAGCAAUUUCCCAAGACAGCCGAACCCUUCUGUCGACCCAUACCUCGAAAGUCUAGCCCCAGCCCUUCAUCUCCACCCCGACGAGCCAACCCAUGGCUUUCCCUUCCCAGAUGAAGCUCGUCAUCUCUUUGACGUAUUCUUCGAUCGAAUGCACACCCGAUGGCCCAUCCUUGAUCGGAAAAAGUACACCGAGCUUUUCGAACUGCAGUAUCAGCAGGGCGCUCUAUCCAUUACCCAAAGAAGUAUCAUGCAUCUCAUCUACGCCAUCGCUGCGAGGUUUGAACAACUCACACGGAAGCCCUCACAAGUCGAUCCUGAGAAACACCUCCUAGCAGCGAUUGAACCAAUGGAUUACAUCCUGGAGCAGCAUAACCUGGCUACCGUUCAGUUCCUCUUGUUACUUGCUGUUCAUGGCCAGAGGUCGCCGUAUGGAGCUGGUGCUUGGAGUCAAGUUCGCUAUGCGGUUUCGCUAUGUAUUGAGCUUGGCUUGCAUCGUGAGCGUCAAGGACCACCGCCUAGUGCAGAUAUAGCGAGAGACCUUGAGAUUCGUCGAAGGGCUUUCUGGUCGUGCUAUUGUCUCGAUCGAGGUACAAGUGUAGUGCUUGGGAGGGCGUUCGCGAUAUCUGAUAGAGACAUCAAUGUUUCGAUGCCAAACCCGGGACGAGAAUAUUGGGACUUGACUCAUGCAUCUUCUCCAGGCGAUGAUCAUGCAGUGGAGUGGUGCAACAUCGAACCCUUUAUCCACAUCAUCAAGCUCGAGAAGAUCCAGUCGCGCAUUCACCGCACCGUGUUCAGAGUGGAUAAAGAUAUAUUCUCCGGGCCGGUGGAAGAACGCGUCAAACUGGAUCAGAAGAUGGCGUCUAUACGUGCGGAUCUCGACAGAUGGAUUCAGACAGCGCCUCAGUCGCCGAAAGACAAUGGCAAGAUCACCUGGCUGUACGAUCCCGAGAGCACCAACCAAGAUGCUGGUGACUUUUACAGUCUCUGCUUUGUCGCAGGACUUACUCUCAUGUACUGUAUAUGGAAGGACAAGAGCCUUUUCAGCUAUCACGUCGUCGAAGCUACCCAAGCAUGUUCUCAAAGUCUCACUGUAUUUGGCGAGAAAUGGGCAGGAGCCGUGAAAUAUCGUGAUAUCUUCGACGCACUUUCAGGGAGUCUUUUGAAGACGCUUAUGAGCCCUGGUGGACUGUCUGGCGAUACAGGAAUGGGUGCACAUCAAACUCCCCCUUUGCAGACCAAGUUCGAUCGUCCAAGCUUCAGCGCAAGCCCAGGGUUAUCAUCCCACCAACCUCACUCCAACUUACAAAGCAGCAACGAGCCGGACGAUAUCACGAUGCGUGAUCUUGUCUCCGAUGCGGUCAAGGAAGCAUUUAUGGAAGUUGAUGAGGAAGCACCUGGGGGUUGGCAUGGCUGGCACAUGUGGAACGAGAUGCUAGGUGAAGAUCCUAGCACUUCAGACCUGUCCACUUCAAAUGUGUUUUCUGGCGCGGUCAAGGGCUGUAAAGAUGUUUGGAACUUGUCACAGGGAGACUUGGACUUGAGCAGAGGUUGGGACUUUAGCGGACAAUGA